GGAUAAAGCGGAGUGCGGCCAGGGGGAGAUGUGGCGCCUGGGCAGUUGAACAUCUUUCGGAAAGCAUUGACCAUAAAAAGAAGGUUUAACUCGGCCUUUGCCUAGAUUGAAAACAAUUAACCUGCCUUAGAAGCUACUGAAUAAUUGUAGAAUAUUCCUCAGAUGCAGAUUACAUAACCAACGCAAUGAAUGCAACAAAACAAUUAAAACAAAAGACAAUUGACAACUCAUCUCCGGGAACAAGGAAGAAAGGAGGAAAACAGAGCAGAUAUGAAGCUAACCCAAUGGUUUUAAUGCCUGCAGUUCCCAAAGAAACCAUCACGCAGUAUUCUCUGAGUCUUACUUCAGGAAAUAAAGACAGAAUGUUUGAUGAGAUGGAUAUGCUUAGAAAUAUUACAAAACAUCUAAAUGAGAUUGUACAUACAAUGGAAGAUGUGUAUAUAAAGGAAGGUGAAGUUAAAGAAAGUAAAGAAGAAGAGGAGGAAGAGGAGGAAGACCUAUCUAAAGAAGAUUAUGAAGAUAUGACUUCUUUCCUGAUAUGUUGUUCACAACUUAGAACACAAUUGGAAAAUGCACUUCGUGAAGAAAAGCAAAUAUUAGACUCAUUGCUUAAGUGGUUUGAAAAGGAAGUCCAUGAGAUGGAAGAGUUAGGUGAGGAAGAAAUUAUCCCAGACUGGCAAGUUCCUCUAGCAGAUAAAAGCAUAACAAAUAAUAUCAAUCAGUUACUGAAUCGCAUUCAAAAACUUGAAGAACUAAAAGGCCGUGUUCAAGAACUACCCAAACUUAUUCAGUUUUCUAUACCUAAACAGGAAAAGAAAAAAACAGUAAGCCCAACACCUCCCACUCCAAAAGAUCCAAAAAAUAUAAUUGAAGAACUUGCUACAAAACAUUUCACUGAAGAUGUGUUCAAUAUGGUACAGGUUUUCCAAGAAGAUUCAGGACAACCACAAACAGUUGAGAUGAUGAACAAUCGCAUGAUAGAAAUAAUGAAAGUAUUUGAAAGACAAACGAACAAGUUACACAGAGUUGUAAAUGAACAGGAUGUGCUGGAAGGUAAAUUACAGAAAAUUCAGAAAGAAUUUAAAAAGCUAACAGAAGAAAAAGAAAUAAUGGAGGACGAACUUCAAAAAAUGAAAGCUUCAGAGUUACAAGAUAAAGGAAUACCAGAGACAAGGAAAAAAUUACUAAAACUGGAGAAGAUGAGAGUUGAAGAGAAACCACAAGGUUCUUCAGAAAAGGCUCAGAUAAUGCAGAAACUGGAGUCUGGUUUUGCAAAGGAAAAAGAACAAACACAAAUGAAAGAUGAUUUAAAUAAAGCUCAGGAAGACAUUCAGUCCCUUCAGGAAGAGAAGAAAAUGCUUGAGGAGAAGCUACAGAAAGCUUUACAGGAAGUUGAAAAGGCAAAGAUUCAACUUGCUGAAAUACCACCAACAAUUCCAGACUGGCAGUUCCCUUUAUCAGCAGGUGUGGAAGAGGUUCCAAAGAAAGGCAAGAAAGCAACAAAAGGGAAAGUUAAAGGAGAUGAUUUAAUUAGCGGAACAGAAAAAACAACCCCUAAAUUACAAAAAACGGAAACAGGAAAAACAAGUGAAAUACUUCCACGAAAAAGUCAGGAACUUUCUAAACAAAAAGGAGCAGCUGGUGUUACGGAAAAGCUGUUAAAACAGGCUUCCCAACCUGAAGAUACUGAUAAAAAACAGGAAGAAUCUAAGAAAAUAAAAACGGAGACGGUUGAUUCCAAAGAUAUGGAAAAACCCAAGGAGUCUUCUGAAAUGAAGAAGCGACGUUUGAAGGGCGCAGGGAAAGAGGUAUCUAUAGAAGAAAAGCAGCAAUUGCCUGAUUCUGCAAAAGAUGAGGAAAAAAUAUUGCCAGUGAUUUUAGAUAAACAUGUAGAAAUGCUUCCACCAGACUCAAAAAGCCUGAGAGAAGAAAUUACUAUAUCUCCUCAAGAACAUAUACCAAGUACUAAACAGAAAACUUUGCGAGUUACUCCAGAAUUCAAAAUGAAGGAUACAGCUGAAGUUAAGCCUUUAACAUUGCAAAAAGAAAUUCCAAGAUUUGACAUAGACUCGGUAGAACUUAAAAAAGACAAAAUUAUAGAGGAGGAAAGUAACCACUUGAUCAGUAAAAGCAUGCUUCAGUUAAAAGAUCAUUUGACUAAACUAAAGGGAAUGCCUGAAGCUGAAACGUUAGCGAAACUCUUGCUUGAGUCUGGCAAAGGUGAAAGAGAGGAAGAUGAAAGAAAAAGAACUUUGCUUGCAAAUAUAGUAUCGGUUGUUAGAGCUUUACUGCAAGAGCAGUCUCCUAAAGCUGAUCUUUCAGAAAUAGAAAGAAAUGAUCUGGCAGAGGAAAGAACAGCCUUCCUUUCAAUCCUAGACUCACAAAUAAAAGAUUAUCAACAAGUUAGAAAACUAGAAAAUAUUGAAACAGAAAUUAGGAAGCUUUCAGAAGAACGAACCCAGUUACGUGCAAGUGUGGAAUUAAAUAUGAAAGAUUUGGAACGAGCCCAAGCUCUUGCAUCUUCCCAGCCAUCAGAAAUUAAUGAGAACAGAGUAAAAGAACUGGAAAAACAAGGAGCAUUAUUAGUUGAUAAUUUGGAGGCAAAUCAACAAGAACUUGAAAGUGCUAGAUUCCUUGAAGAGAAGAAGAUUGAUAAACUGGCAAAACAGAGCCUAUCUUUGCUUGCAAUUUUGAAAUCAAAUAUAAAGGAUCUAGAAGAAGCUGAGACUCUUGUAGCUACCCAACCAAGCAUUACUGCUGAUUUAAAAAUAAAAGAAUUAACUGAAUUAAGAAAUGAAGUGGCUGAGCAUUUAGAGCAAAAUCUGCAGAAUAUCCAAAGAGCAUGGUCUCACGCUCCAGGACUUACAAUUGAAAGCAGACUUCAAGAAAAGGAAUUAGAGGAAUUACAUGAACUAUCUGAACUGAAGCAGCAGUUACUGGAAUCACUGGAAUCUAAUCAGAAAGAGCUACAAGAAAUUGAAGAACUUGCAGCUGCCCAAGCUUGCAGUGUCAAUGAGCAUAUGUUACAGGAAUUAACUGAGCAAAGAAGACAUUUGACCAUAGAUCUGGAGGCAACACUAGAUGGCAUACAACAUAUAUGUCAUCGACCUGCAGAAAGAACUACAUUUAUACAACCUUCUGAAAAGGAAAUGCAUGAUUUACACAAACUAUCUGAAAAGAAGGGACAGUUACUUCAAAGUUUGGAGUCUAAUUGGAGAGAGCUAGAAGAAAUUCAGGAACUUGCAGCUAUUCAACCAAGCGAUAUCACUGCACAUAAGCUGCAGGACUUAACUAAGCAAAGAAAACACAUGAACACAGAAUUGGAAGCAACUCUAGAUGGUAUUCAAAAUAUAUGUCAUCAGACUUCAGAAACCUGUACAUUUAUACCACCUUCUGAAAAGGAGGUACAUGAGUUGAAUGAACUGUCUGAGAAGAAGAAGCAGUUACUGGAAGCACUACAAUCUAACCAGAAAGAGUUACAGGAAAUUCACAAGUUUGAGGCUACCCAACUAGAUAGCAUCAAUGAGCAUAAGCUGCAAGAAUUGACUGAGCAAAAAAGAUUUUUGACUAUGGAUUUGGAGGCAACCCUUGAUAAUAUACAAAAUGUAUGUCGUCAUAGCUCAGAAAGAAUUAUGUUUAUACAACCUUCUGAAAAAGAAUUACAUGAAUUGGAUGAAUGGUCUGAUAAAAAACAUCAAUUACUGAAAUCACUGCAAUCUAAUCAGAAAGAGCUGCAAGAAAUUAAGGAAUGUGCAUCUAUCAAACCAGACAGUGUUAGUGAGCAUAAAUUGCAGGAAUUAAAUGAGGAAAUAAGAAAUUUGACCUUAGAGUUGGAGACAACUCUAAAUGGUAUGCAAAAUGUAUGUUGUCGUGCUUCAGAAAAAAUUAUAUUUAUACAACCUACUGAAAAAGAAUUACAUGAGUUGCAUGAACUAUCUGAAAAGAAAUAUCAAUUACUGGAAACACUGGGCUCUAAUCAGAAAGAACUACAAGAAAUUCAGGAACUUGUAACUACCCAACCAGGCAGUGUCAGUGAGCAUAAGUUGCAGGAGUUAGCUGAACAAAAAAUAAAUUUGAUCUCAGAUCUGGAAGCAGCUGUACAUGAUAUACAAAAUAUAUGUCGUCAUGCUUCAGAAAGGACUACAUUUGUACAGUCUACUGAAAAAGAAUUACAUAAGUUGCAAGAACUAACCAAGAAGAAACAACAGUUACAAGAAACCCUGGAAUCUAAUUGGAUAGAGCUACAAGAAAUUCAAAAACUUGCAGCUAUGCAACCAGACAGUAUUAGUGAAUAUAAGCUGCAGGAAUUAACUGAGCAAAGAAGACAUUUGGCCACUGACUUGGAGGCCACUUUAGAUGAUAUACAAAAUGUAUGUCGCCAUUAUUCAGAAAGCACUACAUUUAUACGACCUUCUGAAAGAGAAUUACAUGAGUUGUUGAUGAAAAAGCAACAGUUACUAGAAAAGCUGGAAUCAAAUGAAAAAGAGCUACAGGAUGCUAAGGCUCUUGCAACUACCCAACCAGGCAGUAUCAGUGAUUAUAAACUACAGGAACUAACCAAGCAAAGAAGAUCUCUCAUUGCAAAUCUAGAGACAGUUACGCAUGAAAUACAAAAAGAAUUUACAUCUGAAGUUGUUUCUGUUGUGCAUCCUGAUGAAAUAGAAUUAUAUGAGUUAUCUGGAAAAAGAGAAGAAAUACUGGGAAAGCUUGAAUCUGUUCAGGAAGAAUUAUAUGAAACUUCAGCUUCUGCAGCUAUAUAUCCUGGCAUUUUCAGUGAAAAGGGAUUAUAUGACCUAUUAAUGAAGAAGAAAGAAUUGCAAGAAAAGUUGCAGUCCAAUGAAAAGGAAAUUGUGGAAGCUCAGAUUCUUGCAUCCAUCCAUCCAGGCAUUAUCAAUGAACACGCACUUCAAGAAUUGGUUGAGGCAAAAAACCACUUGACUACAGAUUUAAAGGCAACUAUACAUGAUAUUCAGAAGGCAGAACGUGCUCAUUUUGAACGACCUAGUGAAAUAAUUCAAAAAGAGAGAUCACUGAAUCACUUACUUAAAAAAAGGGAGUUACUACAGAAACGUUUGGAUUCUAACUGGACAGAAUUAGAAGAUGCUCAGGCUCUUGUAGUGGCCAAACCUGGAUAUAUCAAUGAGCAUAAACUACAAGUAUUAUCUGAUGAAAGAAGCAAUUUGUCUAAAGAGCUAAAGAAAGUUUUUCAGGAGAUAUUAGUAUUGCAGCAAGGUGCUCCAGAGAAAUUUCCAGAUAGACAUUAUGGAGAAAAAGAAUUAUAUACAUUAUCUAAGAAGAAACAACUGUUAUUGGAAAAUUUAAAAAGUUUACAAGAAGCUCAAGCUCUUGCAGCGGCCCAACCUGGCGGUUUGGAUGAAGAUAAACAAAAGCAGUUAAAUGAGCAAAGAAAACAGUUAACUACAGAGUUGGAGACAAUAGUAAAGAAUAUUCAAAGAGUGGAACAUAGUACUUCAGAAAUACGUCUAGAUAUAAGAGCCAGCGAGAAAGAUCUACAUGAAUUGUUAGAGAAGAAGUUUGCAAUACUGGAAGAUUUGGCAUUCAAUCAAAAAGAGAUGCAGGAAGUUCAAGUUCUUGCAGCUGUCCAGCCAGACACUAUCACUGAUUAUAAACUGAAAGACCUCACUACGAAAAAUAGGUAUUUGACUGAAUAUCUAGAAAAAACUGUACAAGAAAUACACGAAAUAUCAGAAAAAAAAUCAGAAACAAUUAUUAUUACAAGACCCAGUGAAGAAGAAUUAUGUGCACUAUCUGAGAAGAAAGAACACUUGCUAGAAAAUCUGGAAUCUAAGGAGAAAGAAUUAAGAGAAGCUGAAACUCUUGAAAUUAGUCAACCAGGCACUGUCAGUGCACAUAGACUACAAGAAUUAAAUGAGCAAAGAAGACAUUUAAGUGUAGAACUAGAAGCAACUGUACAUGAUAUACAAAAAAUAGAAGAUCAUGUCUCAGAAGAAGCCUUAAUGAGAAGAUCUGAAGAAAUAAAACUUCAUAAAUUACAUGCAUGGAAGAAGCUUUUAUUAGAACAUUUGGAAUCAAAUCUUGAACUACAAGAAGAAAUCCAGGCUAUGGAACCAGAUAAUACCACUGAAAAAAAGAUGGAGGAAUUACACGAGCAAAGAAAGGUUUUAAUUGAAAACCUAGAAGCAGUUGUGGAAGAUAUAGAUGAUACAAAAAGUUAUAUUUCACAAACAGGAGGAGUUAUCAAAUAUGUUGAAAAGGAUUUGGGAACACUUUAUCAGAAGAAGCAAAUGUUUUUGGAACGUUUGGAGAUAAAUUUAAACAACCUUCAAGAAACACAGACUGUUGUAGUUACUCAUCCAAGCAGCAUAAAUGAACAAAAAAUAAUUGAUCUCACAAAUGAAAGAAAGCUUUUGGUUGCUGGUUUUGAAGCAGUUAUUCAAGAUUUACAAGAUAUGAAGGAUAUUACUAAAGAAACAGUUAAAAAAUCCAAAAAACAGCUUUUGGAAGUACUAUGUGAACAAAAAGGAUUGUUAUUGGAAAAGUUGUCAUCAAAUCUGAAAGAUUUGAAGCAAACACAGGCUCUUGCAGUUGCUCAACCAGGCAGUAUUAAUGAGCAACAUAUACAAGAACUCAAUGAACAAAGAAGGCUAUUGUCUGUAGGCUUAGAGGGAAUUGUACAAAAUAUUCAACGUAUACAGAAUCUUAAAUCAAGCGAAACCGAACUAUUAACACCCAGUGAAAUACAAGCAUUAUCUGAGAAGAGAAGGUUAUAUUUGGAUAAUAUGGAAUUAAAUUUGAAAGAUUUGAAAGUUUUGCAGGCCGCUGCAGUUACGCAACCAGAUAAUGAACAGAUAAUUCAACAAUUAGCUGAAAAAAAAAUAAUAUUGUUUGACAAUCUGGAGAGAAUUAUUCAGGAUGUGGAGCAAGAACAGAACUCUGAUUUAGAAAAAGGUUUGAUGAAAAGAUCUGAUGAGAGAGAAAUACAUGAGCUGCUAGUGUUUUCAGCACUAGAAUCAAAAUGUUAUGAACUGGAAGAAAUGGGGAUUCUUUCAUAUAAUCAGCUGGAUGUUAUCAAAAGGAAAGUGAACGAUUUAAAAGAAAAAAGAAAGAGUUCAUUUUAUGGACAUCAUUUACUUUAUCCCAAAGAAUAUCCAGUAGAAAAUAUGCUUGAGAGGCAAAAAGAAGCAUUAAAAGAAUUCCUCCAACAAAGAAAGUAUUUGUUUUCGUAUCUGCGAUCAAGUAUUGAAAAUCUGCAACAAAAAAGCGUUGCUUGGCAAGAAAUGUCUGAUAAGAACAUAGCAAAACAAAAAUGUUUGGCUACAAAACUAGAAGCAAAUAUGAGAGAUAUACAAGCUGCUUUUGAAAAAACACAGAAAAUAGAAAAGUCCAGAGAUGUUGAAUCAAGGCAACAGUUUCAACCACUAGUUAGUCAGAAGACCACUGUAGCUCAACCGUCAUAUCACCAACUAUUGAUGGCAAAAAUUUCAGCUCUACAUAUGCGCAAAGCUCCUAUGAUGAGAAGUAUCAGACAUGAAGAGACAAGCCUAGAUAGUACAAAAUCAGAGGAAAGACCCACUAGUUCUCUCUUAGAGGAGCGGAGCAAAAUUCUAAGCAGGGAAGUAGAUAUGUCAAGUAAAAGCAAACUUAGCACACAAUCUUUGCAAAAAAUAUCUAGUCUUUUUCCAUUUGAUAUCAGCAAGUUUUCUGCUGAUAUUGCAUUGCACGAAUUACUAGAAUACAACAGGACUCUGCUUCCAGGCCAUAAAGCAAAUCUUCAGCAUGCAUGGCAACUUGCACAGCGAAAGAUACUACAACAACAAGCUAAUCUUGCUGAAAAGUUCAGAAGCUUGUCAGUGUUUCUGCCUCAACCAGGUGGCACUACUAGGUUCCACGAUUAUUCUGUCCAUCCUUCAAGACCAGCAUGGGAAGCAAACCAGUUAAGCCAAAAGGGCUACCCCCAAAAGCUGACUUUCUUAAAGAGAAGACUAUUGGGAGCAGAAAUAAAAAACAAUAUAAAAGGGACCAGUUAUUCUUCAGCCCUUCAAGGACUAACUACUCAAGUUCAAGAUUUGGAUUCAUUCGUUAUUUGUGGAAAGGGAUGCAGUCCUCCAAGAAAAGAUGGAACUUCCACAGUUAUAUGGCAAAAUCCAAGAAGCCAGUGAUCCAACUUUGAUCUUUUGGAUAAAUUCAUUAUACAGCAACCUUGUAACUUUCAUCUUUAUAACUAUGAUAAGGAAAAAUUAAGGCAUUCAUGUAUGAAUCUUUUGAGACCUGUGAAAACUGUAAUUUGCAGUGUAACGGCAGUUAAAAUAUACAUAAGCUGAAC